AUGGUGUUCCUGGGCCAAUCCGGCAUCCUGGUGGCUAUGGCAGCCCUGGCGGUUGCUGCGCCAGCACGACCAGUGCCUCGAGAUGUUUCGUCAGCUACACUGAGUGAGUUGACGCUAUUCUCCCAGUAUGCGGCUGCUUCGUACUGCACGAACAACCUCAAUUCCGCUGGCGAUGCCGUGACUUGCUCGGGAGGCUACUGCCCGGAGGUCCAAUCCGCGGGAGCCACGACCCUAUAUGAAUUUGAUGACUCCACCGAUUUCGGCGACGUAGCGGGCUUCUUCGCCGUGGAUAACACCAAUACACUGCUUGUGCUGUCCUUCCGAGGCAGUCACACCAUCAGCAAUUGGAUUGCCAAUCUGGACUUUGACCAAACCGAUGCCAGCAGCCUCUGCUCUGGCUGUGAAGCUCACUCGGGCUUUUUCAAGGCCUGGGGAACUGUCGCUGAUACCCUGACUGCGCAGGUUGCGAGUGCCGUGGCGACUUAUCCCAGCUACAAGCUGGUUCUGACUGGCCACAGCCUCGGGGGUGCGUUGGCUGCCAUUGGUGGGACUGCCUUGCGCAAUGCUGGAUAUACUCUUGAUCUGUAUACAUACGGCCAACCACGCGUGGGUAACACCGCGCUGGCCGAUUACAUGACGAACCAGGGCUCCCUCUGGCGUGUCACCCACUCGAACGAUAUCGUGCCCAAGUUGCCUCCAGCUUCAUGGGGAUUCACCCAUGCCAGUCCAGAGUACUGGAUCACUAGCGGAGACAACGUGACUGUCACGACAAGCGAUAUCACCGAAGUCACUGGCGUGGGCUCGAGUGCUGGUAAUGCUGGAUCGAGCGGAGACAGUGUGUCAGCGCAUAAUUGGUAUAUUGUGGAUAUUGACGGGUGUUCAUGA